CGUUGGCUCCUGACGAGGAGCAGACAGACUCAACUGAAGGGGUUGGGCCCAAAGUGGAGAAAUGGCGAGAAUGGUGGACGAGAGCGGGCGCGGAGAGGAAUCGCAAAACCCCGAGCGACAGGAACCCGACCGGGGCUCGGCGAGGUGGGGUCCACAGCACGCCGGCGCCCGAGAACUGGCCAAUUUAUAUUCGCCAGGCAAAAGAUGCCAAGAGUGGAUUAGUGUCCUCCUCUGCUUCUCUCUCAUGGCCUUCAAUUUCCUUCACCUCCUUGCCAAUUUCCACCUGGGGCAUUUGUGGUACAUCCUGUUGGGUAUCGCGGCGGGGAUCCUCACCGCAGACUUUGCCUCGGGCCUUGUUCACUGGGCGGCCGACACGUGGGGAUCGGUGGAUCUCCCCAUCUUCGGAAAGGCCUUUAUCCGACCCUUUAGAGAACACCACAUUGACCCCACAGCCAUCACCCGUCACGACUUCAUUGAGACCAAUGGCGACAACUGCAUGUUGACUCUUGUCCCGCUCGCCAACAUGGCCUUCAACUUCCUCACCCUCUCCCCUGCCGAGAUCUACCACCUGUACCCGUGGUACUGCUACCUGUUUGCACUCGGCAUCUUCGUGACCCUCACCAACCAGAUUCACAAGUGGUCCCACACCUACUUCGGCCUUCCCCGCUGGGUGGUCUUCCUCCAGGACUGCCACGUCAUCCUGCCCCGCAAGCACCACCGCAUCCACCACGUGUCCCCGCACGAGACCUACUUCUGCAUCACGACAGGAGUGAAAGUUCCUCGCAAUUUCCGGCUCCUCGAAGAGCUGGAGGAAGGACAGAAAGGUGUGGGGGAUGGCACUGUCAGCUGGGGUCUGGAAGAUGACGAGGACAUGACCUUAACGAGGUGGCGAGGAGUCAUCCUCGGCCCCCCUCGAACGAGCUACGAAAACAGGAUGUACAAUCUGAAGGUUGAAUGCGGGCCGGGUUACCCGGAGUCGCCGCCCUUUGUCAGAUUUGUGACCAAGAUCAACCUGAACGGCGUGAACACCUCCAACGGCGUGGUGGACAUGCACGCGGUGACCGCGUUGGCCAAGUGGCAGAACUCGUACAGUAUCCGGACGGUGCUGCUGGAGCUGCGGCGGCUCAUGACCUGCAAGGAGAACAUGAAGCUUCCUCAGCCACCCGAGGGCCAGAUCUAUACCAACUGAGCUUCGUUUGUCUCCAUCUUGUCCUCCUUCUUCCUGCCUCGGCUCACUUGCCGCCAUUGCGUUCGCAUUCCAUUGGUUGAGAGAACACGCGCGACGCCGUCGAGCUCAAGCGUACAACAAUGCAGACACAUUGGUUAUUAUCCACACGCGUCAUUGCGGCCGAUUUUCCCUCUUCUCCCAACGCCGGAUCUCUUGGUCGUGAUCAUUGGAAUACUGUACAUCCCCUUAUUUUUGUUGUUGUUUUUGUUUGUUUCGUUCUUUUUAAUAAUUUGUGGAAAAUAGCAGAUUGUACAAUAACAUAAAUAAUCUUAUGAAGUGUC